UCCGAAUAUCAUUGUUUACAAGUGGUGAGCGUCAAAUGGACUUCUCAAAAAUCUUCGUUUGUUUCUUCAGCCUGAUUUGCGUUUGCUUGUUUGGAAAAGCGUUCUCUUGUAAACCAUCAAAACGGUCGGAAGAUACGUGGCAAAUCCGUCACUCCAACGGACUGUGCAUCAAUAAUUUGAUCAAUGGUUCCCUUGUUUGGUCACGGGAUUGCAAUACAUUUAAUUCAUUUUUCUUAGUCACAUACAAUCACUCAAUAUUAAGUCUGUUUGGUCAAAGAUGUGUUCUACCGUCAACAAAUAUAUCCGAUCCAGGAGAGGGAGCAGAUCUCCUGCUUAAAAACAUAACUGAUUGCACCAAAAAUGUGGUUAAAUUCCGGCCGACAUGCAAUGGUCAAUUACAAUACUUCUACAAAAACAGACCUUAUAAAUUGUGCAUAGGAAGUCGUACAGGCCACGAACCACGUGAUAAUGACACAGUUUCUAUUCUGAAAUCAGUUUGCGACAUCGACAGCUCUUGUAAACUAAGUUAUGCAUAUCAGAGGACGUUUAGCGAAAACGAAGUUGCAACUCUCGAGUGUGAGACGUGUUCGACAAUCCGGAUCGUUUGGGCUGAAUACGGUGUUUUAAUCAAUAGCCAAAAUCACUUCGUCUUGAACAAAAGUGAUAAAAACUGCGUGACCAACACAGCCAUCACAGUGAUGAUAAAAAAGUGUAAUGGGACCAGAAAGUGUUCAUUUGAAGUCCAAGAUUCGGAUUUUUUGAGUAACAUCUGCAGAAAUAAUACGGCUUUAGUUGUUCAAUAUCGUUGUCAAAAAACAAUACCAGCUGCUCAAAACGACCUAAAAAUUACAGUUGAAGGUCAGCAUAGGCUUUCUGUCAAGUGGCCGAACGACAACGGAGUUGCAAAAAAAUUCAAAUAUCAAUUAUAUCAUGUGUUCAAGCUGUGUUGGAACAAAGUAGGGGAAACUAGACAAUGUUUGUCCAAAGUGUAUCCUGGUAAUUUCGUAAAUGAAACACUUUCCGGGCUACAACCAGCAACAAAAUACAGUGUAACCGUUGAAAAAUAUCUAAAUGACGGGAAAUCGAUUCGUAUUAAGGUAUUCGACAGAAGACAAAAAAUUGCCAUGACCCGUUCAGCCGCUCCCAAUCCGAUAGGAACAAAAUCAACAACAGCAUUUCAAAUCCAACUUGGAAAGCUUCAAGCGGACGAUAUAUAUGUUCAAAUUGUGCUAUCAAAACUAAAAACUAUCGCAAAACCAACGAAGCAUCCCGAGAUCGUAGAGCAGUACGAUAAAAACACUGUGGAUUGUGUGCCAUACAUUGCUGCAGAGUUUGGAAAAACCCACUUCGAUCAAAUCAAAGGGCUAUUUACUGUUGGAGAUAAUCAACUAUACUCUGAAUUUAGAAGCAAUAGUAAGAAAAGAAAAAUAUUUCGGAAUGUCCAUCUGGAACGUGAUACAUAUUAUUCUGUUUUUCAAAGAACAUAUAAAAGUUUGAAUUUGUCCUACGAUUCAGAUUGGAUGGAUGUCGUUUGCACUGCAUCUGCGAUGGGAACAAUUACUCCAAGUGAUAAGGAAAAUGAUGAAAAAACUGACCAACCUUGUACAGAUUGCGGCAAAAAAAUGGAUGAUAAAAAGGAAUUAUAUAUUUAUAUUGGUGUACCUGUCGGAGUUGUCGUUGCUGUCCUCCUUGGCAUCGGGCUGUUUUGUUCCUGUCGUCGCGCCAGAAAUGGAAGGACAGAUAAGUCUUCUGAGAACGCUAAGCCACGGAAACCUAAGGACAAUUCAAGUUACGAAAGUUUGGAUUUAACUAAAAUGAAUUCAGGGGACGAUCAUUACGAGUCGUUGGAUGGAAAUUCAGUGGGAGAUAAAGUGUCUGUUGAAAACGAAGACGCUGCAUACACUGAACUAAAUACCGUCAGAGAUAAGGAAAGCAAGUAUGAAAGUUUAAAAUACACCAGAAAGUAGGACGUGUAUUUAUUAUAAUUAUGAGACGAGUUGAUACUUGAAUGAUUCAACAACAGUAGCCUAGCCUGGCCAGCCUGAUAAUUUAG